GUCGCCGUGGCCCCCAUCGUGUCUGCCCUGGAGAAGAAGACAAAGAGCAAGGGGCCCUACAUCUGCGCCCUGUGCGCCAAGGAGUUCAAGAACGGCUACAACCUCCGCAGGCACGAGGCCAUCCACACGGGAGCCAAGGCCGGCCGCGUGCCCGCGGGCGCGAUGAAGAUGCCCACCAUGGUGCCCCUGAGCCUGCUGAGCGUGCCCCAGCUGAGCGGCGCCGGCGGGGGAGGGGGCGAGGCGGGCGCCGGCGCGGGAGCGGCCACGGUGGCCGCCGGCGGCGUGGUGACCACCACGGCCUCGGGAAAGCGCAUCCGGAAGAACCACGCCUGCGAGAUGUGCGGCAAGGCCUUCCGCGACGUGUACCACCUGAACCGACACAAGCUGUCGCACUCGGACGAGAAGCCCUACCAGUGCCCGGUGUGCCAGCAGCGCUUCAAGCGCAAGGACCGCAUGAGCUACCACGUGCGCUCACAUGACGGCGCUGUGCACAAGCCCUACAACUGCUCCCACUGUGGCAAGAGCUUCUCCCGGCCUGAUCACCUCAACAGUCACGUCAGACAAGUGCACUCAACAGAACGGCCGUUCAAGUGUGAGAAAUGUGAGGCAGCUUUUGCCACGAAGGAUCGACUCCGGGCACACACUGUACGACACGAGGAGAAGGUGCCCUGUCACGUGUGUGGCAAGAUGCUGAGCUCGGCAUAUAUCUCGGACCACAUGAAGGUGCACAGCCAGGGCCCCCACCACGUCUGUGAGCUCUGCAACAAAGGCUUCACCACAGCAGCAUACCUGCGCAUCCACGCGGUGAAGGACCAUGGGCUCCAGGCCCCGCGGGCUGACCGCAUCCUGUGCAAGCUGUGCAGCGUGCACUGCAAGACCCCUGCCCAGCUGGCCGGCCACAUGCAGACCCAUCUGGGGGGGGCCGCCCCCCCUAUCCCGGGAGACGCCCCCCAGCCACAGCCCACCUGCUGAGGGGGACCCCUGCACCCACCAGGUACUGGUGAGGUCUGUCCAAUGGCGGCGGCGGCGGCGGCUGCAGCGGCAGCAGCAGUGGCAGCCCCUCCUACGGCCGUGGGCUC